GUUCCUCCCCAGCCACCGCCUCCUGUCUCUCACCACUACGCUCUAUCCCUAGAGCUUUGCCUUUGGGCACAGCUGCUUCACGCCUGUAGACCCUGCACGGUAGCGACAUGGAGGAAUUCGACUCUGAAGACUUCUCCACCCCCGAGGAGGACGAGGACUACGUGCCCUCGGGUGGAGAGUAUAGUGAAGAUGAUAUAAAUGAAUUAGUGAAGGAAGAUGAAGUGGAUGGUGAAGAGGAGACACAGAAAACCAAAGGGACAAAAAGAAAGGCUGAGAGCGUUCUGGCCAGGAAGAGAAAACAAGGUGGCCUCUCACUAGAAGAAGAGGAUGAAGAGGAUGCCAACAAGGAAUCUGGAGGAAGUAGUAGUGAGGAGGAAGAUGCAGUAACAGGGCAGGAAAAAGGCAUUGAGUCAGAGGAUGCCAGGAAAAAGAAGGAGGAUGAACUAUGGGCCAGCUUCCUGAAUGAUGUAGGCCCGAAAUCAAAAGUGCCCCCAAGUACACAUGUUAAAACAGGAGAGGAGACUGAAGAGACAAGUUCAAGUCAUUUGGUCAAAGCAGAAAAGCUAGAGAAACCUCAAGAAACAGAAAAAGUUAAAAUUACAAAGGUGUUUGAUUUUGCUGGUGAAGAAGUCAGGGUGAUUAAGGAAGUGGAUGCCACAUCUAAAGAAGCCAAAUCCUUCUUCAAGCAAAACGAGAAAGAAAAACCCCAGCCUAACAUUCCUUCAUCUGUGCCGUCACUUCCUGCCGGGUCAGGGUUAAAAAGAUCAAGUGGCAUGAGCAGCCUUUUGGGGAAAAUCGGAGCCAAGAAGCAGAAGAUGAGCACCCUAGAGAAGUCUAAGCUGGACUGGGAGAGCUUCAAGGAGGAAGAGGGCAUUGGCGAGGAGCUAGCCAUCCACAACCGAGGGAAGGAGGGGUACAUCGAGCGAAAAGCUUUUCUAGACCGAGUGGAUCAUAGGCAGUUUGAAAUCGAGCGAGAUCUCAGGCUGAGCAAAAUGAAGCCCUGAUGUGAUGAGGAGCCCCCGGCAGCUCAGUCCUCUCUACAGCGUGAGCUUCUUGUGUGUCUGCGAGAUGUUUCCUGUUUCUCAUCGACUGUCUCCCAGCAAGGUCCUUUUUUCUACAUUGACUUUCUGCCUUUGUAUCUUGAUCUCAUGUGAUUUCAUUUGUUUUACUUUUAAUAGUUUGUCCUUUCAAAAAUAAAAAUUAAAAAAAAAAGUACAAGUUGAUCCUGUGAGAGACUGGUGAGGAUGACGCCACUUGCCGUCCCUUUGUUCUGCUGCAAAGUCUAGGAGGCCAAGCCCAUUCCUCAGGCCUGUCUUGGCCGCUGUGGAGAAGGGCGUGUGGCCCACUCGCCGUGGGCCCGAGAGCAGGGGCUGUCUGAGACGGGGCCCGCUGUGCUGGUGCGACGCCGGGCCCCGUGCUUCUGUCCUGACUGGGACUCCUCGCUGAUACAGUGUAAGGAUGUAAAGUAAGGAUAUGCCAUCACUGAAUUAGAGAUCUUUCUUUUCCCUCAGCCAUUCUCCUCUCCAAAGUCAACUUCCCGUGUGUUCUCACCUCAGUAAUUCUUUGAUUGGGGGUUUGUCAAAGAAAACCCCAAAGGACUUUUUUUUUUUUUUUAACUCUUUAGAAGAUUUAAAUUCCAAACUUCAUAUUAAUAAAGUAGCAGACCUCACACCCCGCCUCUGGGGGUGGGCGGGCGGACGUCCUGAGUAACAUGGACGGGGUUAAGGGGCAGUAGGGCUCCAGAGACUGGAGUUCAGAUCCUGCCCGUACACCUACCAGCCCUGUGACCUUGAGCACAACUCCGCUUUCUGAACCUCACAGGGUGGAGGUGAGCUAGUGACACGUGCAGGGAACACGCGCAGGUCUCCGCCUCUGGUUCUCUGAUACACAGGCAGACGCUCACGCAGCCAAGACCAGACUGUCAGCCCUGCGUGGUCCUGAGGUUCUGACCCUCGUUACUCACUGAGGCCAGGCUGGGUGACGGGGCUGACUGAGGUGUGUGCAUCUUCGAUACAGAAUCAUCUCUUCCAUCGGAGUCUUGUUUGAACUGUAGCCAGCAAUUUUUAAGAACAGGUGGAUAACAGUUUAUCUAGCUCUUCACAUCCAUGGUUAGUGAAAACUGAUCUGCCUAACUCCCAAGGGAAAUAACAUCCCUUUCCAGGAGUAGGGAACUGCCAAGGAAAAUGUCUGCAGGAAGUGGGGAGCCUGAGUCAGCGCUGGGAGACAGCUCGACAGUCCUUUGCCAGGCACCGGGCACCGCCCUUGACUGUGGCGGGGACGACUGAGGAAGGCGGCCAAGGACACUUCCUGGCCGGUCUGUGGAGUCCAGAAAAUCCCUGAGAGCUGAGCUUCCUGGCCUCGCUCUGGCCAUCAGUCUUCUCCUAGUCCCAGAUGAACGCAUUCGAUUUCCAGGUCUUCGCGUACUUUCCCGUUACUGAAAAAAACCUGCCCUACAACAGCAUAACGUCAAAGAAGAAAAACAGGCUUCUUUAUGCGUUCUGUUCACCUAUUUCCCAAGGAACACAGUGCUCUAAUUAAGAACGCUGCAUAAAGUCCCGGGGGAAAAGGGCAGCAUUGAGAACUAAGUCUUGAUUGAGCUGUGCGCUGUCGGAGCUGAGCAGAGAGAACUGGACAAACCCCAGGGCCUAAGGUCACGAGAACUGACCGGGCCAGCAGGCUGGUGGCUGGUGCCACAGGAGGAUAUGGAAGACCUCCAGGAAAGGAGUGGCGCCACGAUGCUGCCGGAAGCCAGGAGGCACCAGGCAGGCCAGGGGACGGGGUCUCAGGUGCCGUGCCACCUCUUGGCCUUAGCAGGACAGAGCAGGUUUGUGUGGCGUGGGUCUCAGGCGCAGCUUUCUUCUGCCAUUUAACUGGAAUUGCUGAGGCAUGUUGGGUAGGAGCCCAUGACUUUUUCUUCUUUUUUCAUUACUAAAAAGGAGUUGGUAUACGAUGGUGAACUCCAGGGGAAGCAUUCAGAAGCUCUCAGUUUUAUCAACAAAGGACAGGCUGGUCCCGUGUGCCUGAUGCUUUCUCCCACUUUUCCUGACCAGGAGAGGAAACUCGCCUGAGGUCAGACUAUGAAACUAACAGUGAUUACAUCCACUUGGUAGGCCUGGAGGGCAGGGGGCAGGCAAGAUGAAACAGCCUCUUCUCACCUGCUGGAUCCGGCUCCCGGCUGGAGGAUUCACGUGGGAAAGGAAAGACUGGAGCGCAAGGGGACAGAAGAGCCAAAGGUGAAGGACACUUACACUUGAGAACAGUGACAGCUGGCACACUCUGGUGCCAGAAGUAUGCCAAAGGCGUGGGCACACAGGCUUCAGCUUCCAGUCCUCGGUGCCCCGGGGCAGCAUCGGAACCUCUGCAGGGGAGAGUGUGCGCCACAGUGCAGACCGGCUUGCCGUCUCCUCUUCAGGAUGCUGCCUGCUUUCAGCGAGUGGGGGCAGGAGGGGCUGGUGCCCAGGUGACUUAAAUCUUAAAUGCCAUCCCAGUGCAUCUCCUUCCCUGGCGUACCAGUGUGCCCAGGGUUCCUACUUUGACAGGAAAAAUCUUACCCUCAGAGUGUUUUGUUUUUUUUCUGCAGCCUUUUUGUUUUUUUAUGCCGUCUCAAGGCAACUUAGAUCCAACAGUACUACUCCCAGAUGCAGUCUUUGUGCGUAGGCAAGUUGACCACAAGGAGGAGAGUGGGCUGUAGAAGUCCAGAAGAUUCCGCCUGGUUCCCUGCAGCCUAGAAUGGCCCAAUCCACAGACCCUCCUUCCCAGGGCUCCUCUCCAGGGUCAGCCUGUGAGCUUUCAUUAGUGUGCCCUCCGAAAGCUGAUGGGGUGCUGGAUCUCUGCUCAAGUAAGGGACAAUGUGGCUGUGUUGGGGAAGGAAGGAGGGAAACUAACGUAACAGGAGGAGCACGCAGACAGUGGGUUUGGCUCCCUGCGAUUCAGGGUGAGUCCCUCCCUCUGUGUCUUAGAUUUCCUUGUCUUCAAAGUUUUCUGAGAAUGCUUAAUAAUCCUGCUCUGCCAACCUCACAGCGUUUUAUUAAAUGAAAUACACUAUCCAAGUGUUAAGUUACUCUAAUUAAAUUGCACACUUGGCUCCCAGCUCCCCAAGACAGCCAAGCUUCUGUGAGUAUAAAUUAGCACCCCCUUGAAGAGCACUUUGGCGAUGCCUCAGAUCUGGAGCUGCACUCGGCCCAUGACACAGCAGCUCUGCUCCUGGCUUGACAUCCUGGAGAAGUGCCGGUGUGUGCACAGGGAGGCAGGCUUAUUGGUGACAGGGAAAACCUCGAAACCAUCCUCUGGCCAUCAGGAGAAAGGGUCAGUUGUGAAAUAGCCACACAGGAGAAUACAGUACAGCGGUGAAGUGAAGGGACCAGGGCUACAUGCAUCAACAAGAUGAACCCUGUAAGCAGGUUUGAUGCACAGAAUGCCUAACACACAGCCCCAGUUACACAAGUUCAAAAGCAUGCAAACACAGGUGGUGGUUUCCCGACACUGAAUGCACUGAAUGCCGCUGAAUUGUACAUUUUAAAAUGGUUAAUCUUAUGUUAUAUGAAUUUCGCCUCAAUAAAAUUUUUAAACAUGA